AUGGCGGACAUUCCGUGGGCACCGCAGCUGCUAUUACCGUUCUUGGCGUCGGCGCCGCCGUCGUUCUCAUUUGUACUGGUGCCGUCCAGCAUCGCCGUCACCUUGUCGUCGGCAACGUUCUGGCUGACACAAUUUUGGUUCGAGCUUGAUCCUACGCUGCCGCGUGCUGCAGUGUGGUGCAUGGCCGAAACGAUCAAUCUCGAGGCUGCCACAGGCGUACCCCAAAGCCUGGUGCCCGAGUGCUUGGCUGAACAUUCGAAUGACUGCAACACUGGGCCCACCAGCGGUCCCAAU